AUGCCUUUUGGUUUGCGUAACGCGGCCCAAUCCUUCCAACGCUCCACCGAUGAGGUCUUACGGGCACUCUCACUCACGUAUGUCUACAUUGACGACAUACUCGUCGCAAGUUCUUCGGCAGAGGAACAUGCCUCGCACUUGCGCCAGAUAUUCGAUCGUUUCCAGCAACAUGGUUUGCAAUUGAACGUCGACAAAUGUAUCUUUGGCGUCUCUUCUCUAGAUUUCCCUGGUCACCACGUCGACCAGCACGGAAUCACACCGCUGCUAGAGAAGGUGCACAGCAUCCUGUCAUUCCCUGCCCCCAAGACUCUAACUCAGCUGCGGCGUUUUAUAGGCCUUCUUAACUAUUACCGACGUUUUAUCCCUCACUGUGCGGUGACUCUAGCUCCCUUAACUGAUCUUCUGAAGUCUAAGGCAAAGCCGAUCGAACUUCCUCCAGCAGCUCACUCAGCCUUUGAGGCAGCUAAGAAAGCUCUUGCCGAUGCCACUUUGCUGCAUCAUCGCAGUUCUGACCCUCACGCACAGCUGAUAUUGACCACUGACGCCUCCGAUAGUUCUGUCGACGCAGUCCUGCAUCAACAGGGGAAUAAUCAGUCGCGGCCAUUGGCUUUCUUUUCACAGAAGCAACAACCGGCGAAGACUCGCUACAGUACUUUCUCUCGCGAGCUCCUUGCCAUCUGCUUGGUCAUUCGUCAUUUUCGACACCUCUUAGAGGGCAGAGAUUUUUCGGUUCACACCGACUACAAACCUCUCACUUACGCCCUCAAGGCCAAGCCAGAUCGGUACUCUCCCAGGCAAGUUCGUCAUUUGGAUUACAUCUCGCAGUUUACUGCAGAUAUCCGCUACAUCCGAGGCAGCGACAACGUCGUUGCUGAUGCAUUAUCCCGUCCGGACAUCAACACAUUUACAUCCGAUUUCGACCUGGCGAAGCUUGCAGACCUCCAAUCAGGCGACAAGUCCAUUGACGACCUGCGUUCUACUACUGCUCUGCAACUUUGA